AUGGCGUCACCAGCGCGGGCGCCGCGCGCGGAGCUGGGCGACGCCGACGUGGGCGACGCCGAGGCGGGCGCGGAGGCUGGCGCGCCGUCGGCGCAGGCAGCCGCGGCCCCAGCGGGGCCACCCGCCUCCGGCGCCGGCGCUGGCGUGGAGGUCGCCGGCUUCGAGGGCUCGCUGCUGGAGGCGAUCGCCGACGGGGCCGUGGCGCAGCCGCCGCUGCUGGCCUUCGGCGCCUGCGUGCAGUGGCGCGCCGGCCCAGGUCGCCGGCUUCGCACGGCGCCCGCGAUCGCGGCCAGCGAGAGCGCGCUGUGGCGGAGCACCAUGGAGGCGCUGCACGGCCACGACUGGCAGGCGCGGCUGCGCCAGCAGGGCCCCGCGGCGGCGCGCAGCCCCGCGACGCCGGCGGCGGCGCAGCCGCCGGCAGCCGACGACGUCCUGCGGCUGCUGGACUCGCCGGUGCGGGCGUCCGACGCGGGCUCCGACGCCACUGGAGCCCUGUCGGACGGCAGCUGGGGGCCGCUCACGGACGACGACGUCCUGGAGGGGCUGCUCAAGGACGUGGAGCCGCACGAGUCGAUGCGCGACUUCGAGCGGCGCCUGCUGCGCGCUAGGGCUGUGCUGACGCUGCGGCGGCAGGCGGUGCCCGAGGGCGCGGUCGAGUUCGGCAUGAGGAAGGCCCGCUUCCUGGUGGAGGCGCGGGCCCACGGCGAGGGCGUGGCGGCCGCGCUGGAGGCGAAGCUGCACGCCGUCCUGGACGUCGAGACGGACGACGCCGACGAGGACGUGCGGGCGCUGAUGGACCUCCUCGCGGUGGCGCGCGGCGGCGGCAGCGCUCGCGGCGCCGUGGCCGGCGGGGCGCCGGCGCGGCCCCCGCGGGGCCACCCGCCUUCCCCGCGGGGCCACCCGCCCACCGGCGUCGGCGCGGCUCCCGCGGGGCCACCCGCCUUCCCCGCCUUUGGCGAGGACCUGCCGCCGGGGCUUCCCCCGCGGGGCGGGCCGAGCGAGGCGGGCCAGGCGGAGCCCAGCUUGGCGGCAGCGCUGCAGGGGCUCGCGGGGGCGCUCGGCCGGCGGGCCGACAAGAAGUCGUCGACGAUCCAGGUGAAGCCGCACUACAGUCUGCCGACCCUCGGCGACGGCGACUUCGACGUGGAUUCGUUCGUGGAGGAGUUCGAGGAGAUGGUCGGCCUGGCGAACGACGGUUCGGGCAUGUCGGCGACGGAGAUGGUGCGUGUGCUGGGGACCUGCCUGAAAGGCUCGCGUCAGCGGGCUUACAAGGUCGAGCUGAAGCAGGCUCGCCGGUCAGGCAGGCUGGCGGCGGAUCCCGACGAGGUGUACCAGAGCCUCAAGGAGAGGCUGAUGGAGUUCAAGGAGGGCCUGCUGGAGAAGCAGCAGCGGCUCAACGCUGAGUGGAGGACGCUCUCCCGAGGCAAGAUGAGCGCGCUGGAGUUUCAGGCGACGUUCGAGAACAUCGUGGCGGAGAUGGAGCUGGCGGGGAUGGGCAAGUCCGAUCGUGACUUGCUGCUCGGCUACUUGGCGCUCAUCCCUCCCGCGCACCGGGCAGAGGUGCUCAAGGAUCGCCGAGUGUAUCAGCGCUCUGGCGCCCAGCCCGAGGUCCGCGGCGUCGAGACCUGGAGGGAGGCCCAUCGCGUGCUGCUGAAGCUGGAGGAGGCCGAGAGCUCGGCCAAGGCGCUCGUCGCGGCGGUGGGCUCGGACUUCGCGCCCAGCCCGGGCGGCGGCGGUGGCCGGCGUCGGCGCGGCGGCGGUGGCGGCGAUCAGGAGCCGCCCGAGGUCGGCGCUGUUGGCGGCUCCGGCGGCGCCGGCGCUGAGGGAGCUGUGAAGGUCUGCUUCCAGAUGCGGGACAGCGGCACGUGUGCCCGUGGCGACGCCUGCAGGUUCUCGCACGACCGGGCUGCCAUCGCCGAGUCGCGGAGGACCAAGAAGGACGCGACCGGGCCGAAGGGCAAGGGCGCGGACGGCAAGAAGGGCAAGGGCUCGGACGACGGCGGCAAGGGCGGCCUCAAGUCGCAGCUCUGCCUGCAGUUCCUCCGGGGUGCGCGCAGCAAGAGCGAGAAGGACUGCAAGUUCAGCCACUCGGGUAAGGCAGCUCAGAAGGUCAUUGCAGCGGUCUAUGCUGGCGCGGCCGCAGCUAAGGUGCAGGCUGCGGCGGGGGGCAAGCUCGAGUGGGUGCGACCUUGUGGCGGAGUCUUCGGCCCGAGCUACGACCUCCCGCAGGUGAGCGUCGUCAGGGGCUCGCCUUCGCCCGAAGGAGCUCUGAAGGACCUGGACCAGAUCCCCGCCAGCGCCUGGGCGCAGGUGCAGGAGCCCGACGACGGGUACCACUACUUGUGCCACACGCAUGUCUACGGCCUCAGCAUCAGGACGCUCCUUGAUGGCGGGGCCGUGUUCUCCCUGACGUGGGAGGCGACGAUCGUCAGCAUCAUCAACGGCGCGAUCGCGGAGGGCAAGUCUCCGGAGGACCCCGACUGGCCGAUCGCGGGCCUGAUGCACUGGGGCCGGGACUCGAAGGCCUCGUCGGUGGCGGACAAGGGCGACCUGAAGAUCCGUGGCAUGGUGGACCUGCGCCUGGCCUUCGAGGGGCUGGACGGCACGCGAGUGGUGCGCGUGUUUCGCCUUCGGCUUCUGCGCGGGGGUUGGGACAGGCCGUUUCUUAUCAUUCUUGGGGCCCCAGCGCUCGAUGCACCCCCUCUGGGGAUCGGGCACCGGCCUACGCUUCAGGGCCACUACCUACUGGGGCUGGGCAUCACGGUCAAGCGUGCAGAGGCCGACGCGGUGCAAGCGAAGCUGUUGACCAUCUCGGCGGUGUUCUCAGAGUGCGAUGCCGAUAGGCGUCGAGGUGAGGAUCGUCGGGCUUCCAGUGCUGUAGGAUCCCUGGUGUGGUCCGGCGCGGCUUGCCCGAGCUACCCCAUCUGCAUGGUCGGCGGCCAGUGCCCCGCGGAGUUCGGCGGCGGCGACGCAGGCGUGAUCGUGCUCGACGACUCGGAGUCCGCCGUCCCCAUCUACCUGAGCGGCGAGGAGGGCGUGCGGCUGGAGCUCGGCGACUGCGCGCUGGUGCCAGCUCGCGCUAGCGGCCUCGCAGCGGGUGUCGUCGGCGACGUGGUGGCGAAUGGCGCGGCGGCCGUCUGGGCCGCCCCCGGCCCUUGGCUUGGCCGGGAGCAGCUCGUCCUGGUCGGCAACUGGGACCAGCCCGGCGUCAGCAUCGAGGUCGGCGACAUCGUGGGCGCCGUGAUUCAGACCGAUGGCGAGCCGGCCGGCGACGACCCGUCGGUGGCGCACGUGUGGCAGGAUUGGGACGAGCUUCGGGACAUCGUUGAGCUGGAGGUGCCGACGGACGAGUACUACGCCGAGCGGCUGGUCUACUGGCAGCGGAAGUACCCGAAGGCGGCCACGACCCUCCUCGAGCAUCUCUUGGCGGUCGAAGGCCUGCUGGACGUGUGCAUCGCGGCCGGGUACUCCAUGGGUGCCGAGAAGUCCCUCGACAGGCUGGCUCAGCCCUCCAUCGAGGCGCUCGGCGAGAUCGUGGGCCGCGAGGGGAGCGAGGCGUGCGAGCGGCAUCUGGAGCUCAUCAAGAACUGGUCGGUGCUCGAGGACGUGGCGGCGCUGCGGAGGUUCCUUGGCACGUUCAACUGGAUCCGCGGCCACUUCCCCAAGGAGGUGCAGAAGCCGCUGGGGAUCCUCACGCAGCAGCUCAAGAAGGACGCCGAGUGGCCGAUGACCUCCGAGAAGGUUGCGGCCCAGCGCGCCAUCCAGCAGCUCGCGUGCGAGGCCAUCCGCCUCGCGGUGAUCGACAUGGUCGGGGCGAUCUCGAAGGACCGCCCGCUCGAGCAGGUCGCGGAUUUUUGCCCCUACGGUUGGGGCGGCAGCGUGUAUCAGCUGGCCGCCGACCGCCGCACGCUCAACGUGCUGGCGAUGUACGGCGGCUGCCUCAGCUUGGCGCAGAGCAACUGGCACCCCCGCAGGGGUGAGCUGUAUGCGCAGCGGGAGACCAGGCGGGAGGCACGUAAGGAUUUCGGUCGGCUGCCCACCCUGUGCUGGACGGACCACGCGGCAGCGGUGAAGGACGCUACGGGUGAGGCCGAGACGGACUCCACCGUCAUCCGCUGGGUUGGCGAGAUCGAGAGCGACGGCAGCAGGCUGAUGAAUCUCUCGGGGCGGAGCGCGGCCCUUGGUGAUGGCCCCUCCCGAGAGAACGAGGCCCACGGCAAGUUCCUGCGCGAGCAGGCUCACUCCCUGGCGAACAUCACGAUCGAGGACAUCAUCGGUGAUGACUACCGUCCGGGGGAGGGGGUCCCGUGGGGCCUGGACGAGACCCCCGACGCGGCCGCCUUGCAGCUGGUGGCCGUGGCCGGGGCGGAGCGCGAGAAGGGCGACUCCAUCGCGCUGUACCUGCCGGACUACGGGUGCGAGAGGCGGCGGAGCGCAGAGCAGGCGCGAGCAGCUCGUCAGCUGCAGCUGGCGGCGCCAGGCCUGCGGCUGCGCAUGAUCCCGCACGACCCUCCGCUGGCAGACGGUGCCGGCGGCCUGUACUACAUCGCGCCUCCUCGCUUCCCAGGUGAUGCGAGUGGUAAGGCGCGGAAGCAGCUUCGCAAUGACGUGCUGACCGCGGUGGCCGCCGUCUUGCGAGAGUGUGCCGCGCGGUGGCCCAAGGUCGUGAUCGGGACGGGCCACGGCGGGCUGGUGGCGGCUGCAGCGGCCCACCCCAGAGUGGUGGAGGCCGCUCUCGCGCUGCGGUACGCGAGAGAGGCGGAGGGCAUGCAGGUCGCGGAGGCGUGGGUGAACGUCAGGGCGUUCGUGGCGAUCGGGCCGCGCGCCCACAGCCCGAGCAGGAUCGGCUUUGUGCGAGAGGCGUUUCCGGAGUUCGGAGCGGCUGCCCACGGCGACGAGCGCCCGGCCCCCCUCUAUUUGGUGGAGGGCGCCGGGGCGCACCGCCGUUUCGGGCAGGACCUCGGCGAGGCGCUGGGCGUGAAGGUGUCGGCCACGCUGGGCGAGGUCCUCAUGCAGGAGGUGGUCUCUGCCCCCCCGCGGAUGCUGGAGUUCAGCGGGGGGCGCUGCGCGUGCGGGCGGAGUUCGCUGGUGCUGGCGCGGUGCGGCCAGUGCAUCAGGGCCGACCGCGAGCUCGAGGAGGAGGCGCGGCUGGCUGAGGCGCCGGAGGAGGCGUUCGGGGAGCCCGACGUGGUCGACGUGGCGGCCUCGGCGGCGCGCAUGCGCGCGGUCCGCCCGCAGCCGGCAGUCGCCGUCGGGCCUGGCCCCUGCAUCGCCGUGUCGGCGGAGCUCGUGCGGGACCUCCUGGAGUUUGGCGGCGGCCGGGCGGAUUUCACGUGCAACUGCAUCCGGGUCCGCCGAGCGCCGGCUGCGGGCGUCGUGGCCUUGGAGGCCGCGCGGGGUUUUUCCUAUCGGCUGUCGUGCUUUGUCGUGCCGCAGGGGCCCGAGCCGGGCGUGGAGGUGGCGCUGGCGCAGCCGUGCGUGGAGUUCGGGCUGGAGCUCGUCACGGAGAUCGACGUGGAGCUGCUGCAGGCGGGCUUGCCGAAGGGCGCCGAGCUGGUCCAGCUCUUCGCCUGCGCCUGGCUGCUGUGGGAGGGCGGUGCGCGCCUCCCCGCGCUGGGCGCUACUCACGUGCAUCGGCACUGCAGGGGGUCGGCCAUCUGCAACGGUGCGGUCGUCAAGGUGUCCUCCUACUCCUCCGCCUACUCCGAGGUCUUCGCGGAAGCCCUGGGGUUAUCGUGGUACCGGGCCCUCCGCGAUCGCUUCGGCGGGCGGGCAUCAGGAGCCUUCGUCGAGUUCGCGGACUCCGACUUCGCGCGCGGCGAGCGGGAGGCCUUCGAGGUGCCGGACGUCCUCGGGGCGAUCACCGGCAUGCGGGCGCCGACGUCUGAGCAGGUGUGCUCCGUCGGGCGCGUGGCAUGUGCCCCGGAGCGCGGCACUGCAGCCUUCGACGCGGAGGUGGCGGACGGGCGCAAGCUGGAGGACGCCGACAUCGCCAUCAGGGAGGAGUACGCCGCGAAGGUGCGGGGCUGUGAGCCUGAGGCGGGGAGCGAGCCGUUCGAGCUGUCCAAGUCGCUCCGUGCCCACAUCAUCGGGGACCAGUGGAAGGACGAGGAGUGCGGGGCCACCUGCAUGCAGCUCCGCGCCGAGCCUGGCGCCGGCGACACCCCCGAGGCGCAGCGCCUCGGGGAGGACUUCGCGCUCGAGCAGUUCGUGACGGUGGGCCCAGGGGAGCAGCGCUGGCUGCUAGUUCUCCCUGCGUCUGGCGGACCGGGCUCGGGUAUAUCGUGGAGGCGUUUCAUCUUCCUCCACGUUCACGCUGGCCCGUCGGGGGGCCACAAGACGGUGGUCGCCACUCGUGAGUGCGCCCGGCGGCUGGUGGUUUGGCCGGGGCUCGCGGCGGACAUCGAGAAGUGGUGUGCUAGCUGCUGGGCCUGCCUCCGAUUCAGGAAGCAAACUACGAAGGUGCAGGCCAGCUUCAUCGUGGCACGGCACCGGCUUCCUUUUCAUCAUGUGGUCAUCGACGUGGAGGGCCGCAUCGCCCCCCCCGACGUCGACGGGUACGCGUACGUGCUGACCUACAUCUGCGUGACGACGGGAGCGCCCCUGCUCGAGCCGCUCAAGCACCUGCAGCACUCCGAGGUCCGGCGUGCCUUCUUUCGAUGCGCGACUCGGGCCAAGACCUGGCCGAUGCUUGUGAGCUCGGAUCGGGGCAAGGAGUUCUGCAACGCUCUCAUGGAAGAGCUCUGGGCGCUCCUCAACUUCGCGGGCCGCUUCGGCACGUCGUGGAGGCCCUGUGAGCAGGCGGACGCGGAGCGGUCCCACAUCGAGUGUGCGAGGGAGAUCGGCAUUUUCCUGCACGACGUUUUUAAGUGUGCCCCCGGCCAGUGGGCCGAGCUGCUGCCGAUCGUCGAGUUCGUGUUGUGGAACUCGCCCGGCAAGUCGGCGCUGUCGCCGAGGGACCUCUGCAUGGGUUGGUCGUUGGCUUCGCCGCUGGAGAGGGAGCUGCUGCCGCUGGAGCCCGCCGUUCGUGAGGCGGUCUCCGACGUCGCGGCAGCGCAGUUCGAGCAGUUCAGGCGUUUGCGGGAGGUUUAUCUUCAGCAUCGGGCUCGAGCCGGCCGACGCAGGGCGGAGCUGGCCAAUCGCGCGAGAUCGUCGAGACGCCCGGAGGUCGGGGACAUGGUUUUGUUCAAGGACCCGAAGCUCUCCAAGGCCGUGGCCGGGCACGCUCCAGGCCGCCGGCCUCUGCGUGGCCCCUUCGAGGUCCUCUCCACGAAGGGCAACGUGGCCACGUUGCGGGACCCCGAGACCCAGCAGGUGCUCAAGGACGUCCACGGGGAUUUCUUGGUCGGCGUCCCGGGCUUGGUUGACGACACGGAGCGCAUCGUGAAGUUGGAGGAGGACGACGGCCGUGGCAGGGCCUCUGCCGGACAGCUUCUGGCAGCGCGGCUGGCCCCUGGAGGCGGCGAGGCCGCCGAGGCGCUGGCGCCGCGCGUGAAGGCGCGGAUGCGAGAGGUGAAGGUCGGGCGGCUUGUCGCCUACCAGGGCGAGGAGGCGAAGCGCUGCAGGGUGGGCAAGGUGCUGAGCCUGGCCGAGGACCUGAGCAGCGUGACGGUGCACGUGUACCAGGCGGCGGUCGACGGACGGCUGCAGGUGGUCUGGACAGCGGCGUACGACCGCCAGGAGGGCGCGGACUUCCAGCGGCAGAGAGUCGAGACACUGGAGGCGAAGCGGGUGCUGGGUGUCGUGGAGCUCAACAAGGGCGUGCUGAACCACUCGGCAGCGAGCAGGCUGGCGCGGGCCGGCUGGCGGCUGGACGAGGGGACCGUGCGUCACGGCGCCUUGGCGGCGGCGGCAGUAACGCCGGCCGCGCCACGGCUCUCCGACCUCCCCUCGAGCCGCGUCAUCGCGCUCGUCGCAGCUUGCCGCCCGCUCGAGGAGCUCGACCUGAAGAUCGGCGAGGUCCAGGCGUGGGCGCACGGCGCUCCCCUCUUCGUGGAGAUCUUCGACGGGGUCGGGAGGCUCUCGCAGGCGGUCCGGAGCUUAGGCGCGGCCAACGCGGUGUGCAGCGUGGUGGCCGGCAUCGACCUCAAGCGCAGGACGUACGGGCAGUACUGGGACCUCAGCAGGGCUAAGGACCGUGCCCGGCUGCGCUACCUGCUCUUCGAGGUGCUGAGGCCGGCAGGAGCCCACUGGGCGCUCCCUUGUGCUAAGUGGAGCAGCCUCGGGGGCCACCAGCCCGACGCCAACGCGCACGCGCUAGCCUCCUUCACCAUGGACGGCCUCGAGCACUUCGACGGCGCGGGCUGCCUGGCCUCCUUCGAGGGCCCGCGAGCGCACGCGCUGGUGGCGAGCGUGGAGUGGCAGCAACGGUUCGGGUCAGCCGAGGCGCCGCGCGGGCGCUGGCGUUACGUGCUCCCCGACGGCUGCAUGUUCCACUGCAGGAGCCCGGAUGAGGAGCCCCUGGCCAUGCAGAAGCCGUACGUCAUCGUGGGCAACUUCCCGCUGGACUUGCUGGACGUCCAGCGCCGCCGUGGAGCGCUGCGGCCGCUAGGGCGCGGCCUCGAAGGCGUCGAGGUCGCCUCCGCGGAGCUGGGCAGCGUCGCCGGGAGCUCCAUGAUCGGGGCCGCGCGGGCGCUGGAGGGGCCCCGCAUGCCCUGCGAGCCGGGACGCGCGGCCGCUCCGGCUGCUGGGGUGACGAGGUCGGUGGACAAGCUGAGCGACGCCGAGAUGGCGGAAAAGAAGGCACGGCGGGAGCCGGCGGCGGCGGCGGCGAAGAAGAAGUGGGCCGAGCUGGCCAAGAAGGGUGACUGGGACCAGGUGCGGAUGCCCGGCAAAUGCUUCAGGUUUGCCGAGGUGAAGGUUUCGCCGAGGCGCUCUGCGGAGUACAAGGCCAAGGUUCUGGAGGCGGUCGGGCUCGUCGGCGAGUGCGCGGGCUACAAGCACCUGGGCAGCCAGGAGCUGGAGGCGCUGAAGGAGAUGAUCAGCCUGAAGGCCGAGGCGUUCUGGGUGAAGGGCACCGCGCGAACGGUCAUGCGCGGCUUCAAGCACGACGUGGCGACGACCGGCUUGCCUGUGCGUGGGCCGCCGAUCCGCCUGAAGGGCCCCGAGGCUUCCAUCGUCCGCGAGGAGCUCGAGGCGGGCGUGGAACAAGGACUGUACUCCAGGGGGACCUCGCCCUGGGGCAGCUGGGCCUUUCCGACCAAGGAGCACGCGAGCGGCCGGAGGCGUCGGACCGUCGUGGACUACCGCAUGGUCAACCGCAGGAUGGUGAUGUUCGUGUACUACAUCCGCCGGUGCCGAGACGUCAAGGGCGAGCUGGUGGGCUGCGCCUUCAUCUCCGGCAUGGACGGCGCUCGCGGCUUCAACCUCCUGGUCAACACUGAGCACGCGAAGGAGGUCCUGGCUGUGCUGGCGGGCUGCGGCUGCUACCUCCCCGAGGUGCUGCAGCUGGGGCCAGCGACGGGGCCCUUCGACUUCCAGUUCUGCACCGACGAGCUGUUCACCGGCACCGGCCGCGGACGCUACGGUUCGGUUUGGAAGAACUACAUCGACGACUUCUGGGUCAGGACGGGGCAGUGGCUGAACGGUCGCGCCUACACCGACCGAGAGCACGAGGAGAUGCUGGCAGCGGCAUCCCCCCCCCCGGCUGCCUCUCGCCCGCUGGGCGACUCGCUGGCAGCAGCCGGGUUCGCGGGGACUCGCAAGGCCAGCCAGAGCUACGACCACGCCAAGGGCGUGCUCGUGGGGCUGUGCGUGGCGCAGUCGGCCACGGGAGCGGCGGCCAUGGACGGCGGCGGGGUUGCCUUGGCGAACGGCCUCCGCAUGCUGGUGGUGGCUGCCGCGGUGCGCACGGCAUCCUUGAUGGAUGAAGGGCUGCGCGCGGGCGUGCAGCUGACGCAGGACAUCUUCGAGGCGGCCGGCGACCUGGUCCAGAGCGUCUCCUGGAACCUCAGCGGCCUCAUCCACGAGGUGUGCGAGGGUGCGGUCCUGGUGGUGCGCGUCCUGGUCGUCGUGCAGUGCUGCUACGCUCUCUACUGCCUGCGCUCGUGGGUGGCUUGCCGUUCGCAGCGGGCGGCGCUGGAGCGGGCCGCCACCGCCGGCGAGGCGGCUCAGCGCGGACUCACGUCCAGCGCGCGAGCCUGCGAGGCCGGCGACGGGCCCGCCUUCGGCCGCGAGCCGAUGGCCAGGGCGGAGUUCGAGACGCCCCUGCUCGGAGCGGCGGCACGCCCCCGAGCGGAGGUCCUCCAGAUCCAGCGGAGCGCGGCGGUGGCGCUGCGGGACCUGGAGCACUCGGACCGCCAGCGCGCCGCGCGCGCGCGCGACCUGGCCGCUUGCGGUGCGGUGGUGUCCGCAAAGCUGGUGGAGGCUGCGCGCAGCUCAGCAGUGAAGGACGCGGGCGACCUGUGCGAGUUCGAGGUAGAGGUGGCCGGCAGCCGCGGCGUGCGGUAUGAUGUGCGGCUUCGCGCUGGACGCUCGGCCGCAGCGUUGCUCCCCGCGUCGUGCACCUGUGCCGACUUCGUCGGCGGCGUCGGCAGCCCCUGCAAGCACAUCGGGGCGGCCUGGUGCUGCGCGGUGGACGGCAACUUCAGCGAGCUGGUGGAGCUGGCGCUCGCGGCUGGCCGCAAGGAGGGAGCUGCCGCUGGGCCUCAGCGACGCGCGGCCCUGGCGCCGAGCGACCCCCUUGGCCUCGCGGGGGCCGUGCGGGAGCUCCGCGACUCGGAGGCCGAGGUCGUGCGCCUGCGCGAGGAGGUCCAGCAGCUGAAGGCGCAGCUGGGGGCGACCUCCAGGCGCGGAGCCGUGACCGAGUUUCUCUCGGCGUCGGAGACGCUGGCGGCUUGGGCGCGGGCUUGCGGCGAGGCCGAGAGCUAUGUGUAUGUGGCGUGCUUCGCCUUCGACCAGCCGGGCGUGGUGAACUACCUGGAGGCGGCUCGAGCUCGAGGCCUCACAGUCCGUCUGGUGUUCAGCGGCCGUGACAAGGCCUUGACCAACAACCAGGGGCCGCGCCUGCAGCGGCUCCGAGCCUGUGGGUGCGAGGUGCGCGCUCACAAGGGCUCGCGGCUGCACGCCAAGGUGAUGAUGACAGAGCGCGAGAUCGUGCUGGGCAGCUGCAACUUCACGACUGCCAGCCUGGGCAACGUGGAACGCGGGGCCAGCCUGCAGGAGCUAUCCGAGGAGACGGUGCUCGAGCAGAAGGAGUGGUUCGAGCAGCUGUUCGAGGCGGCGGCGCCCUUCAAGGACGGGAUCGGCCGGCUGGCGCGAGGCCGAGCGGCCGUGGCGCCGAGGCGUGAUGCGCUGGAGGCCCGCCGGGCGAGAGGCUCAGCGGCCGCGGCGCGGGGCGCUGGAGGCCAUCUGGGCGAGAGGCCCAGCGGCCGUGGCGCCGAGAUGGCAGGAGCGCGGCAUUUUGCUGCGCCGUCGACGCCCGGCAGCGCCGGGAGCUAUGAGCGACUGCAUGGCGCCGAGUUCGGCGACUUCGAGGAAUUCAUCGACUUCAUUUUUGUGGAGCGGCACGUCGUGGAGGACGUGCCGGGGCGCCUGUGCCGCG